AUGGCCGAAACUUGGGUAGUAGUCGGUGCUUCCAGAGGCAUUGGACUAGAGUUCGUGAAACAACUCUUAGACCUUGGCCAUUUUGUGAUCGCCGGUGUGCGAAGGCCCUCCGGAGCAGAGAAGCUUUCGCAGUUGAUUGCUCAACAACCGGGGUCAGAGCGCUGCUUAGUCGAGCAGUGCGAUGUGACGAGCGAGGAUAGCAUCAAUAACUUUGUGAACAAAGUGAGCGAGGCUACUCAACGCGGGUUGAUUGUGAACAAUGUCGUGCUCAAUGCCGGUGUUCUUAAAUAUCCAAACCGAGCAACAGAAAUAUCCUUUUCGGAUUUUGCCCUUCAUUUGCACACUAAUACCAUCGGUCCGAUUCUAUGCGCCCAGAAACUAAUCAAACUGAAUCCCGACAACCCACCUUCCAAGGUAGUAUUCAUCUCCUCUGAUUCAGGAUCGACUGCCUCGUUUCGCAGCCACGAGGAUGGUUUUGGGGCAUAUGGAGCUAGCAAGGCCGCCCUCAAUCAGAUGCUUAGGCACAUGGCAGCAGAGCUGGAGCGCGGUGGUGGGGGCCGCAGCAAAACCACAAUUCUUGCCAUGCACCCUGGCGAAGUUCAGACUGAUAUGGCCAAUGUUGAGCUUGGAUGGGAAGUAGAUGGAAUGAUUGACCCGCCUGAAAGCGUGGAGGGCAUGCUCAAGGUUAUUAAAGAAAAGGAUGAGAAGGAUAAUGGUACAUUUUGGUGUUGGGAUGGCAGAAUUCAUCCAUGGUAG